AUGCUACAGCAAGGACUUGAGCAAAGCCAAGAAUCCGCUGCCUAUAUAGACCGGGACGCGACAGUUGCUCCUCUAGGCUGGCCAGCAUACACACUAAAGAGGCCUUUUGUAUGUUUACUCGCCCCCGGGGUCUCCCUUAUUCCCUCCAGUUUCUGGCAUAUGGACCUCUCAGAAGCGAGUCUCUCGCAAAAUAUAUUCUUACAUCCCACUACGCGAUGCCGAUUUCCAUUGCGGCUAUUUUACCUAGACGCUCUGAUCAAUGCCCUUGUUGAAUCUACAUUGAGACCUGGCUACAACACACGUAUCCAUGGGUACCUUGACAUGCAGUAUCACUAUUUAGUCGACUGGCUCUCUUCACUUUCCCCGGGUACUCUUCUUAAGCUGCCACCGGGUAAUAAAUUCUUUGUUGACUUAUAUGGCACACCACUUCCUCCGGCAACCCGGCAAAGAGUCUGUUUGAACCGGCAGCGGAUUCAACUAGGCCUACUAAUUGUGGAAGACGCCUGGGGUUCAAUGCCGACAAAGCUUAUCAAGACCUUAAAGAAGAUUGAGGCAGAGAGGAUGGAUAGGAUGCGGCGCAAGGCUACGAUCCAUAGCUGAAGUGGGCUAGAAAGCCCGAAAAGACACUUCAUAAGCCUAUGUACUACAACGAUCCUAAGAAUAAUGGGGUGGAUUGGCC